UCAUCCCCGACCCCGCUGCCUAAAAUCCACCUCCCCAUCCUGCACCAAACCAAACCCCCGCGACCCACACCCAAACCCGCCACCGAUUCCGAGCGCGCCGCGGCGAGCGAGCGGGAGAGAGGGGGGUCGCAAGCGCAGCUUCCUCCCCGGCCAUGGAUCUCCUGCACGGGGAGAGCGUCCAGACCACGGUGGCCAUCGCCGUCGCCGUCGUCGCGGUCGCCGCGGGCGGCGCCUUCCUCCUCCUCCGGUCCAGGAAGCCCAAGGGCUGUUUGGAUCCUGAGAACUUCAAGAAGUUUAAACUUGUGGAAAAGAAGCAAAUAAGUCAUAACGUGGCCAGAUUCAAAUUUGCUCUUCCAACUCCAACCUCUGUAUUGGGCCUUCCAAUUGGUCAGCAUAUCAGUUGCAGAGGACAAGAUGCUACAGGCGAAGAAGUAAUCAAACCUUAUACCCCUACUACAUUGGAUUCUGAUCUAGGGCAUUUUGAGCUUGUUAUUAAGAUGUACCCUCAAGGAAGAAUGUCACACCAUUUCCGUGAAAUGAAAGUUGGUGAUUAUAUGUCUGUGAAGGGACCUAAGGGUCGUUUCAGAUACCAAGUUGGGCAAGUGAGAGCUUUUGGAAUGCUAGCUGGUGGAUCAGGCAUCACUCCCAUGUUCCAAGUUGCAAGGGCAAUUCUUGAGAACCCUAAUGAUAUCACAAAAGUUCAUUUAGUCUAUGCAAAUGUCACGCAUGACGACAUUCUUCUGAAGGAAGAACUGGACAACAUGGCCAAAACCUACCCUGAUCGCUUUAAGAUCUACUAUGUCUUGAAUCAGCCUCCUGAAGUCUGGAACGGUGGCGUUGGGUUUGUGUCACAGGACAUGAUUAAAGCUCAUUUGCCAGCACCUGCCGAGGACAUUCAAAUCUUGAGGUGUGGUCCUCCUCCGAUGAACAAGGCAAUGGCUGCGCACCUUGAUGAGCUCGGGUACACCAAGGAGAUGCAGUUCCAGUUCUAAGCUCUCCUAAUGGCGGAGUACCAGAAUAAUGGACCCCAUGGCCUACGCUGUCUUACGCUCUCUUGUGUCAUGGAGACGUCGUCUGACCUCUUUUGUUAGUUGAUAGCAAUACAUGAUUAGUCGUGACCCAACAAUUCAUGUAUCACUCCAUUUUUAUGGGCAAAUGUUAUCUGCAAUUGGCAGAAGCCCUGUGACUGCCAUCUGGUUUACAAACUGAACAUUGGAUGCUGCACCGCGGGGAAACUAUUCAAUCCCUCGAGGGGAUGUUCUCUCGUUUGCUCAAAAA